CACGCUGGUGUUCGUUGGAGUUCUUCCCUUUUCUUUCCUUGCCCUCGCUCUCACCUUCGCGUCUCGUUAAAUAUGUAACGCGUAGAUCGAUCGGUUCAGGUCAGACGUCGUCCCUUUUUCGUUCGUUCUCAGGCUACUGUAUCAAACAUUUUAUAAAUGGGUCCAGUGAAAAAAGAAGUGCCAACAGCAACAUGGAUGGAAUGGAAAAAGGAGAAGAAUAUACGUAAAGCGAAAAAGAGAGACAAAAUUUUAGCAAAGAUUGACCAGCAUCAACAAGAGCAAAGUGAGUCGGCGUCUUCUUCAGCAGCCACUGCUGAGAAAAGCGGUCCUGCGGAAGAACGUAAAGGGCGCAAUUGGACCGUCUCGAUUGCACUGCCUGGAAAUAUUUUGGACAAUGCGCAAACACCAGAGCUCAGAUCUUAUUUGGCUGGCCAGAUUGCUCGUGCUGUGGCGAUUUUUAACGUCGACGAGGUUGUGGUAUUCAAUGAACAAGGCAGCUUAGAAGACCUGAAAGGAGGAAAUGACGAGGAAAUGGUCGAGGAACUACCACGGGCUUGUCUUCAACUAAGCAGAAUUCUACAAUACCUUGAAUGCCCUCAAUAUUUAAGGAAAUACUUUUUCCCAAUGCACAAGGACUUGAGCCAUGCAGGGCUCUUGAACCCUUUGGAUGCGCCCAAUCACUACAGGAGAGAGGAUAAAGCCAAGUACAGAGAGGGUUACGUGACCGAAAAAGUGAAGAAAGGUGUGUACUCUAUGGUGGAUGUAGGACUUCAAAGACCCAUUCCAGUUGACACUUUGCUCUCUCCUGGUUUACGAGUGACGGUGGAGAUAUCUGGAGAUGAGAGUGGAGAAAUUAAGAAGAUGAGAGGAAUGAUUGUGCCACCUUCCACUCCAGUUAAGCAAGAUGGAAUCUACUGGGGCUACUCCGUUCGAUGUGCCAACUCUUUGGGAGCAGUGUUCACUCAGUGUCCUUACGAGGAAGGUUAUGACUUGUUGGUGGGAACAUCCGAGAGAGGUGAUGAGCUGCCGAAGAGUCUUCCCAGUUAUAAGCACAUUCUUAUUGCCUUCGGAGGACUGAGAGGCCUGGAGUUAGGCUUGGAGAGUGACAAAAGUUUAAAAGUUGAAGACCCAUCACUGCUUUUCGACUUUUAUUUAAACACUUGUCCAAGCCAAGGCUCUAGGACUAUCAGAACAGAGGAGGCGCUCCUUGUAACACUUGCGUCCCUUCAGCCUCUUCUCUCUAAGGCUAAUAAUUACUCAUGAAAACUUCUGUUCAUUUCAAA